UGUAUCAUUACCCUACGUAAGAUGGCCGCCAGAUUACUCCGUCGCGUUUCACAUGACGUCACUCCCCCCUCGCCCCCACAGUGCCGCUCACAAGCCGCAAGGAUCGACACGAUGGUAGAGGGAACUCCUCAGGCUGACCCCGAGCUGCAGCGUUUUAUCGAGAGCGAGACGCAGAGACAGCGCUUCCAGCAAGUGGUGCACAGCGUGACGGACAUGUGCUGGGAGAAAUGCAUGGACAAGCCCGGACCCAAGCUGGACAGCCGCACGGAGGUGUGCCUCGUGAACUGCGUGGGAAGAUUCAUCGACACGAGCAAGUUCGUGCUCAACCGUCUGGAGCAGAACAGCAAGGGGCGGCUGGGCAUGGGCGAGUGAAGAAGACCCGAGGCUCCGCGCGUGUGCGUGCGUGUGUGCGUGUGUGUGUAUGUGCGUGCACACGAGUCACAGCACGCACAGGGACACGCACGUGGGUGCACGCACAGCGUGCGCACAGCCACACGUACACACGCACAGGACGUCCCCGUGACGGGACUCGCGCACGCACGCACAGGCGCUGCAUGCUAGCGAUCGUACGCACGCAGCGCACGCACGUAUGCACGUAGACGCGUGCGCGCGCACACACACACACACACGGGUUCUGCAACAGCAGCCGUCACGUCUCGCUAAGUGGCGGUGACAUCACCAGUUGUGUCAGGCUAGGUGCACUUUGAGGCCACGUGUGGUGUCAAAGGCGCCCGAUAAACGCACUCGCACGCGACACCGGCACAGAUUCACUCGCUCGCCCGUGCACAUGUACACCACCGCGCACGUUCCAAUGCGCCAGAAUCCAUCGUUGUGCUCUACUAUGCCCCCCGUCAGCUGACGAGACCACUGGGAUUAUGUAAGCAGAGGAGAGUGCGGCCGAGGCGGUUGCCGUCAUGGACAAUUAUUCUCACGCCUGUGCUCUCAUCCCCCCACCACCUUCACCGCGCUGAGAGGCUCGGUGAAGCCCGGUCAAAUAACCGCAACGGUCCACCACCCCCCCACGCCAACGCCCCUUACGGCUUUGUCAGAGGCCCGGCAUCCAGAGAGCGGGCCCAGGAAUCGAGGCCGCGGGUGAACUUGCGUGACCGCGGGCAAAGGGCGCUGCCACCUUCACGGUCUGCGGGCGCUUCGCUUCGGCGCAGAGAGCGACGUCGUACCGAAAACCCCGCGGCGUGCCAAGCGUGGAGAGCCGGCCAUUGUCGACCACACGGUGUGUCCACUGCCGGCGGACGAGGGCCCUGCGUUGAGACGUCGGCUGCCGCAUGCGGAGCCCGAUUUGAUCACUCGAUUUAAUUAUUAAAAUGGUAUUCCGCUAA